AAGUCGAAGUGGGACAAGAUCAAGCAAUGAAGGACGAACAGAAGCAAUACUACAGACUCAUCGGACUCACCCUCAGCCUGCUCAUCACCAUCAACCUCAUCGACCACCAAACCAAGCAGCAACUAGCAACAACAACAACAACAACAACCACUCCCACUGAUCCACACUCAAAACCAUUCACCAUCCUCCUGCUGGUCAUCUGGCUCGGAUUCCUGUUCUCAUUCGUCGGCAUCGUCGCUUCCGACUUCUUCUGUCCCAACCUAUCCACCAUCUCUCUCAGAUUGGGACUAUCCGAAAACUUGGCUGGCGUUACUCUCCUAGGUUUCGGUAAUGGCGCACCAGAUGUCUUCUCGACCUAUGCAGCCAUCAAGGCAAACACCGGCUCAUUGGCCAUCGGGGAGCUCAUCGGAGCCGCCUCAUUCAUAGUCUCAGUCGUCGUAGGAUCCAUGGCGAUCAUCAGGCCCUUCAAGGUACCCAGGCACUCGUUCCUCAGAGAUAUCGCCUUCUUCAUCAUCGCCAUCAUCUUCGUCCUCAUCAUCAUCUACGAUCAGGUCAUCCACAGAUGGCAGGCCAACACACUCAUCCUACUCUACCUCAUCUAUGUCGCAGCCGUCCUACUCUCCUCCUGGUCUGUCGAACGCAAGCGAAUCAAACUCGAUCAACUCCAGAUCGCCCGUAGCCAGUACUCUCACGACGAUCAACUUCUCGAACCCUAUCUCGAUCACCCCGACUUCCCCAUCCAACCUACUCCAGAGGAAGAUUCCGAUCCACUCAUCCCAGAACUCAACCAGUCACUCAAUUCCAAUCCUAUGAGCCGAUCAUCUGCAUCAUCCCAGCUUGGCCCCCCACCAUCCCAUCGCCCCUCAGCCCAUCGAUGCAAGACCUCCUCGAGCGCUCAAUCGCAGGAUUCAUUCAAAAGUCUCAUCGAGUCCAGUGCUUAUCCACUCCCGGCGGUUCGACAAAGACGGAUGCGUGCCCCAUCACUUUCCUAUCGCGCCGGACCAGGGGUCAACCCACUCGGCAUGGCCAGUCCGAACCAUUCUUUUUCUCAUCCACCAGCCAUGCAUUCCAGUUCGUCGCAGGAUGGCCUUGGCUCACCCGAGCUCAACCGACGUCGUCGCCGGAGCACCAUGGUCAUCAACCCGAUCCGACCCAGUCUGUUGGGUGCGAUCGAGUUCAGGGACGUGGUGAACUCGCUAGCCCGAGAGUCAAAUGGCCGUAUCAGUCCACAGCUCGGCCAUUCCUCUUCCCAGGGUCGACGUUCGCGCUCGACCAGCAUCGUCCCGGAUCCCCGGCCCUCCGACCUCCCGGGUCGAAGAUUUGCCUAUCCCGUCCGCUCCGACUCGGAUCGACCGCGCAGAAAGACCGAGUUCGCGCUGCCCGAAUCCGACUCCGGGCUGCCCUCACGCCCCGUCAGCAGUGGCCAUCGGCUCACCCAAAGCCAAGGCUCCAUCAUCCCUCCUACACCCAGUCCAUGGCAACUCACCAACCAAGCCGAUCAGCGGAGCAUCAUCGACCUCUCAUCCGACCAAGAUUCCACCUUCACCCCAUCCGAUCAUAGCCUAUCUAGCCACCAACCUCUCCCUCCAUCGUCCCAGACCAUCGUCUCAUCGUUACAUAGAGCUGUCACCCCAUUGCCCUCUAUCCUCAUCACUUCUGACCGCCAAGAAAUCCUCGCCUUGCCCGACUCCCCGGACCAUUCUAAUCUCCAAGCCCACCAAUCCUCCACUCAUUAUCAUCAUCAUAAUCAUCAUCAUCUUACACGACUAGAUAGAUACAGACGAUGGAAGAUGAUUGGUCGGACGGUCUGGGAAACUCUCUUCCCUACGCUCAAAGACUGGAAAAUCAAAAGUCUACUGGGGAAGAUCAUCGCGAUCGUCUCUUCCCCGGCGGUCUUCUUGCUCACUCUAACGCUCCCGGUAGUCGAUGAGACUGCAGAAGAUGCGGAAGAUCAGGAGGAGCUGGGAGCUGAUGAUGCUCAGGAGGAAGAGGAAGAGUGUCGACUUGGACUGGCGUUGGGGGCAGAGAAUCGGCGGGUUUUUUUGGAUGGCUUGGAAGACAGCGCGAAUGGGGGUGAAGGAGCGCAAGACGGGGCAGACAGGGGGCGUGCGUGUCGGCCAGACAGUCCUCAGAAGCCGGCCACCCGGCGCUCUUCGUCGUCGUCUUCUUCGAACCAGGAGGAGGCAGAGGAGUCGCGCCGCGAGGGCCAUCCGGUCUCGUAUCCGAUGGUCGACGUAGGCCCCGGCUCGUGUUCCGCCUCCUCAUCCUUGGACCCACGCCCUGCCCUUGCCGUCCUCAGUGCCGCCCGCAUCUCCCCUGACAACCCCGCCCACCCUAUCGUCGAUCCGGGCCUGCUUGACCGUUCAUCCUCCUCCGACACCCCAUUCUCCGAUCAUCAUGUCGCCAGACUCUUGGCGACCGUCCAGUCUUUCCUGUCCCCAAUCUUUUGGAAGAUCUGUUUGCAGAACAACGAGGAUCAAGAUCCCAGCAAUCCAGACCAUCACUCCACCUCCCUUCCCAAACAUUUCGGCGGAGCCGAUCAAGGUCGGAAGGAUGUAGUAGUGAUCUUCGAUCGCUUCUCGUUGACGUACGACAAUCUGUUAACACUGGGGACGAUCGUUGGCGGGCUAGUGUUAUCGAAGCUAGUCUAUGUCCAGUUGCGGCCGACGGAGGAGGGGAAUAACGGCAAGAUGAAGAUCGGGCUGUGUGUGUUGGGCUUUGUGAACUCGAUGCUCUGGAUCCUCUCGAUCGUCGACCAAGUCAUCCAAGUCCUCGCCCAACUCGCCAAGAUCCUUCAUAUCGAUAACGCCGUGCUCGGGCUCACGAUCUUUGGGGUGGGCAACUCGUUGGGCGACUUGGUCGCUAAUCUUACCCUGGCUAAAAUGGGCUUUCCGGUAAUGGCCAUAUCGGCGUGUUUUGGAGGCCCAUUAUUGAACAUAUUACUAGGCAUUGGAUUAUCGUCCAGUGUGGUGAUGACGACGCGGGGGACGAGCCAGAUCGGGAUCGAGAGCUCGAAGAGUCUGUUGGUGUGUGCGGCUAGCUUGUUGUGCAUCCUGCUCGGCCUGCUCGUCGUCGUCCCACUCUGGAAUCAUUACAUGGUCGAUCGGGCCGUCGGCGUCUGUCUUAUCUUCGCGUAUUCUUGCGUCUUCAUCGUCGUCAUUCUCGGUCAGAUCUUCUUUUAGAAUUGUUCGUUCUUUUUUUUCUUUCUUUAUGAUUGUGAUUAUGAUUAUGAAUCAGCAGGGGGGGGUACUUGUUAUUUUUUUUCUUUUUUUCUUUUUUGGUUGACCUCGUUCUAGACCAAAGCCUUUCCUUCAUUAUCUUUAUCUGCAUACAUAAUAUGUACAUACAUGUAGUACUACCAUCUUCCUCUUUCUCUUUCUCUCUUUUUGGUUUGUAUCCAUGUAUGUAUAAAAGAUAUGGGUCAAGACGUGGGAAAAGAGAAUCCACAAUCACGUGCGGGUUGUCCUUCUUGGGAGUUGGGAUCAAUUGUACUUGAAAAAAAAGGG